ACGAUAUAGUGGACAUUUGCUGAAGAUGCUUGACGUGAACCCCAAGUGUCUGAGAGACCCCGCCAAGGACUUCUCUGCUCGUUGCAACCCCCAUCUAUGUCAGUAGGGUGGUCAGUGCCCAUGGUUAAGGACUGGAGAUCUGACCCCCACUAGUAACAGCGACAACAUUAUUGAACCCCACUAGUAACAGCGACAACAUUAUUGAACCCCACUAGUAACAGCGACAACAUUAUUGAACCCCACUAGUAACAGCGACAACAUUAUUGAACCCCACUAGUAACAGCGACAAUAUUAUUGAACCCCACUAGUAACAGCGACAACAUUAUUGAACCCCACUAGUAACAGCGACAACAUUAUUGAACCCCACUAGUAACAGUAAACAGGGUUCCAUCCAAUCUUGUUAUGCGAGUAAAGUACAUGUCAGUUAAAAACAUUUCAUGACAGUGCUGAUGGAAAAUGUGUCGGUAAACUUUCCAAAUGUUGACAAAACAAAAUACACUAGACAAGGUGGGAUCUUUUUGUGUCGGUAAAAUUAACUAUGAGAGAAAUGUUGGUGGAAAUGCUUUUAUGCGCAAAUAUUGAUUUAAUAACCAUCAUUUCGGAGUAAACAUGGAGUCACGUAAUGACAUGUUGUGUGGUCCUCCCACUACGACUCAUCGGGAAAGCGUGGAGUUUAUUAGGCUACAGAUGAAGAAAUGAAUGAUGAACUUCACAGGGUGGUGAAUGUGCAAGGUGAUAAGCUUGAUAUUUCUUUAUAAUAAAUAUCGAGGGCCUUAUUCUGGUAACAUGAUCCUCGAUGCUUGGCUGUCCUCGUUUGACAAAUAAAAAAUAAUCUCAUCAUGUAGGCUAAAGUGCAUUCGGAAAGUUUUCAGACCCCUGGACUUUUUCCCACAUUUUGUUACAUUACAGCCUUAUUCUAAAAUUGAUUAAAUAGUUUUUCCCCUUAUCAAUCUACACACAAUAUCCCAUAUGACAAAGCAAAAACACGUUUUUAGAAAUUUGAGCAAAUGUAUUUAUAAAAAAAAACAACGGAAAUAUCACAUUUACAUAAAUAUUCAGACCCUUUACUCAGUACUUUGUUAAAGCACCUUUGGGAGCGAUUACAGCCUGGAGUCUUCUUGCGUAUGAUGCUACAAGCUUGGCACACCUGUAUUAGGCGAGUUUCUCCCAUUCUUCUCUGCAGAUCCUCUCAAGCUCUGUCAGAUUGGAUGGGGAGUGUCGCUCCUCAGCUAUUUUCAGGUCUCUCCAGAGAACCUUUGCCCCAGUCUGAGGUCCUGAGCGCUCUGGAGCAGGUUUUCAUCAAGGAUCUUCUAUGUACUUUGCUCCUUUCAUCAUUCCCUCGAUCCUGACUAGUCUCCCAGUCCCUGCCGCUGAAAAACAUUCCCACAGCAUGAUGCUGCCACCACCAUGCCAGGUUUCCUCCAGACGUGACGCUUGGCAUUCAGGCCAAAGAGUUCAAUCUUGGUUUCAUCAGACCAGAGAAUCUUGUUUCUCAUGGUCUGAGAGUCCUUUUGGUGCCUUUUGGCAAACUCCAAGCGGGCUGUCAUGUGCCUUUUACUGAGGACGGGCUUCCGUCUGGCCACUUUACCAUAAAGGCCUGAUUGGUGGAGUGCUGCAGACAUGGUUGUCCUUCUGGAAGGUUCUCACAUCUCCACAGAGGAACUCUGGAGCUCUGUCAGAGUGACCAUCAGGUUCUCGGUCACCUCCCUGACCAAGGCCCUUCUCCCCCGAUUGCUAAGUUUGGCCGGGCGACCAGCUCUAGGAAGAGUCUUGGUGGUUCCAAACUACUUCCAUUUAAGAAUGAUGGAGGCCACUGUGAUCUUGGGGACCUUCAAUGCUGCAGACAUUUUUUGUUACCUUUCCCCAAAUCUGUGCCUUGACACAAUCCUGUCUUGGAGCUCUAUGGACAAUUCCUUCAACCUCAUGGCUUGGUUUUUGCUCUGACAUGCACUGUCAACUGUGGGACCUUAUAUAGACAGGUGUGUGCCUUUCCAAAUCAUGUCCAAUCAAUCGAAUUUACCACAGAUGGACUCCCGUCAAGUUGUAUAAACAUCUCAAGGAUCAUCAAUGGAAACAGGAUGCAUCUGAGCUCAAUUUCAAGUCUCAUAGCUAAGGGUCUGAAUACUUAUGUAAAUAAGGUAUUUCUGUUUUUUAUUUGUAAUACAUUUGCAAAAAAUUAUCUAAAACCCUGUUUUCACUUCAUCAUUAUGGGGUAUUGUGUGUAGAUUGAUUAAGAUUUUUAUUUAUUUAAUCCAUUUUAGAAUAAGGCUGUAACUUAACAAAAUGUGGAAAAAGUAAUUGGGUCUGAAUACUUUCCGAAUGCACCGUAUACCAGCAAUGUAUCUGCGAGCUGUGCAAAUACCAGAGUGGGAACAUUCGCUACAUAAAGAAUUUAACCACAAAAGGUAUUUUUAUGUCCACUAUGUCAUCACCCCACAGCCUUUUAUCCGGAAAAAAGUAUAUUUAAUGGAAACACAUCUCUGGUGGGAAAAUGCACAUAUUGUUUUUAUGCAGAUUUUUGAAUAUUCGCAUGAAAAUCUGUCACCAAUUGGAUGGAAAUUCUAGCUAGUGACAACAUUAUUGAACCCCACUAGUAACAGUGACAACAUUAUUGAACCCCACUAGUAACACUGACAACAUUAUUGAACCCCACUAGUAACAGUGAUAACAUUAUUGAACCCCACUAGUAACACUGACAACAUUAUUGAACCCCACUAGUAACACUGACAACAUUAUUGAACCCCACUAGUAACACUGACAACAUUAUUGAACCCCACUAGUAACACUGACAACAUUAUUGAACCCCACUAGUAACAGUGACAACAUUAUUGAACCCCACUAGUAACAGUGACAACGUUAUUGAACCCCACUAGUAACAGUGACAUUCUUUAAUCAUCAUAAGGUCAUAGUACUGUAUGAACAGCAUAAGAAAAUACAUUGGUUCAUUUCCGGAACGUCAUCUAGCCCUGUUCACUAUAAAUGGGUCCAGUGCAACUAAGUAAGGUGUUGUUGCACAUAUAGGACUGGUUUCCCGGACCCAGAUUAAACCUAGUCCUGGACUAAAAAUAACUUUCCACACUGAGCUUUUUAGUCCAAGGCUCAAUCUAGAUCCACGAAACCAACUACAUUUGAGAUAUUACAAAAACACAUUCACUCAGCCAAAUGACAGUUCUGAAAUUUAUAAUUUAAACAUUAUUUUCCUUGCCCAGAUCAACGCUAAUGAUGACGGAGGUGUCCUGUUGGGGCGGUGGGAUGGUCAAUACAAUGGUGGCGUGUCCCCCUCUCACUGGAACGGCAGUGUGGAGGUACUAAGGAGGUGGCUCAACUAUGGAGGCUAUCCAGUCAAGUAUGGCCAGUGUUGGGUGUUCGCCGCUGUAAUGUGCACAGGUAGCCUAUCACUGUCCAAUCUCUCUUAAAUUAUUAUUUUAGUCAAUCAAUCAAUACAACAGUAUUUAAAUAGCGCUGACUGUACUGCAAGCGCUCAGACCCAGGGUUGUGAUUGGUUUUGAGAGGGAUGGCAAGAAUACCCACCAUCUGUGUCCGAUUCACCUCUGACCAGAGGAGAGAGGCUGGGUGUCAAUGCCUUGGAUGUCUUUAUUUAGUUAACCACUAUGCCUUCUAUGUGUUGUUUUUGUUAACCAGUAUGCCUGAAAUGUAUUUCCAUGUCAGUACUGAGGUGUUUGGGAAUCCCAUGUCGAGUGGUUACCAACUUCCAGUCAGCCCACGACACCGACAAAAACCUGACAAUUGACGACUUCUUCUCCGACUAUGGAGUCAGACCCAAACAGAGCCAAGACAGUGUAUGGUAAAUGCAACAUCAGGUCAUUGUGGCUACAGUAUGAAGAGUGAUGCCAAUAGCAUGAUGUUUUAAAGACUGGUGUUUCUGCUCAGGAACUACCAUGUGUGGGUGGAGGCCUGGAUGAGACGGCCCGAUCUCUCAGGAGACUCCUUAUAUGACGGCUGGCAGGCUGUGGACCCUACCCCCCAGGAGAAAAGCACUGGUAUGGUCUAACUUCCAUCUCAUCUCUGUACUGUAUGUUGUGUUAUUGUGCAGAUGGUGCUGAGUUUGUGUCCUGGGUCUGGGAGACAUGAAGGGAACUCCCUGUUAUACACUCAUGUUGUUUUCCCUUCCUCUCCCCCAGGUGUUUACUGCUGCGGCCCUGCUCCAGUCAAGGCCAUACUGCAGGGUCACAUUGACCUCAAAUACGAUGUGCCCUUUGUCUUCGCCGAAGUCAACGCCGACCGUGUAACCUGGAUGGUGUUCGCUGACGGCUCCAAGAAAAAGAUCUUGACGGACACUGGGUCCGUAGGCCAGAACAUCAGCACAAAGGCAGUGGGCAGCGACAAGAGAGUGGACAUCACGGCCAACUAUAAAUAUGCAGAGGGUUGGUAUUGAAUGAACUGAGAGAGUCUGACUAUAUCUACAAAGGUUGACUUGUCAGAUGUUUUCUUUAAAAAACGUCCUGGAGGUUAAAUGUCAAAAGUCAGCCACUAGCUUUUUAGGACCAGUUCUGUAUGGAGUAACGCUAAGGCUGUCCAAUCUCCACCCUUUUAUACAUUUUGGCUGUUGAACUGUUAUCAAUUGAUUUCCGAAAUAAUGCAGCGUUACAAGGGUUAUGCCAAUCAUAAGGGUAGAAGCGUAUUUUAUGUCUUUGAGAGCUAGGGUUGGUCUGGGAAAUAUUUCUGUACUUUUUUAAGAGAUGAGUUAGAAAGGGGCUGUGUCCACCUGUCGCAAGACAUAAUUCUCCUAGGUGAGUGAGGGCAACUGCUUGAGUCACCAGCUACUCAUCCAAAAUGUCACACAUUUAAAACAGGCACGGAAAAGGAGAGGACUGUGUACAAUAACGCAGCGAACAGAGUCAACAAUCUCGAAGAGAAAGAGAAUUCAAAUGGAAUCCUUGACCGCAAACCUUCUGAUGUUUCCAUGAAAAUCGUGGAGCUGACCAAGCCGCUCAGCGGCAAAGACAUCGACCUCAAGCUUGUACUGAACAGCGACGACCGUGAGACUCGGACACUAGUGAUCCAUGUCAACGUUCAGGCCAUGAGAUACACCGGCAUUCCAUCCUCCAAGAUACAGACCGAACUGAAAGAACAGAAGCUCUGUCCCAACCAAGGUAGAGUGAAAAUGUUUCAAACUCUUUCCAUGAGUAGGCCUACAAGGCUGAACUAACAAAGGGGGGCAUUUACAUCACAGAACAAAGAGAACUGAAACACUUCUCAAAACCAAGAACACAUUGCAGCUAUUUACUUUCAUAAUUCUUUGUCAACAUCCUUGGUUUGACGCAUGCAUCAAUCUCAAUGAUUGAUUAUGUCACAAAGGUGGUGUAUUUCAGGAGUGCAUAUAGAUAGCAUUUACAGUUGAAGUCGGAAGUUUGCAUACACCUUAGCCAAAUACAUUUAAACUCAGUUUUUCACAAUUCCUGACAUUUAAUCCUAGUAAAAAUUCCCUGUCUUAGGUCAGUUAGGAUCACCACUUUAUUUCAAGAAUGUGAAAUGUCAGAAUAAUAGUAGAGAGAAUGAUUUAUUUCAGCUUUUAUUUAUUUCAUCACAUUCCCAGUGGGUCAGAAGUUUACAUACACUCAAUUAGUAUUUGGUAGCAUUGCCUUUAAAUUGCUUAACUUGGGUCAAACAUUUCGGGUAGUCUUCCACAAGCUUCCCACAAUAAGUUGGGUGAAUGUUGUCCCAUUCCUGCUGACAGAGCUGGUGUAACUGAGUCAGGUUUGUAGGCCUCCUUGCUCGCACACGCUUUUUCAGUUCUGCCCACAAAUGUUCUAUAGGAUUGAGGUCAGGGCUUUGUGAUGGCCACUCCAAUACCUUGACUUUGUUGUCCUUAAGCCAUUUUGCCACAACUUUGGAAGUAUGCUUGGGGUCAUUGUCCAUUUGGAAGACCCAUUUGCGACCAAGCUUUAACUUCCUGACUGAUGUCUUGAGAUAUUGCUUCAAUAUAUUCACAUCAUUUUCCUUCCUCAUGAUGCCAUUUAUUUUGUGAAGUGCACCAGGCCCUCCUGCAGCAAAGCACCCCCACAGCAUGAUGCUGCCACCCCCGUGCUUCACGGUUGGGAUGGUGUUCUUCAGCUUGCAAGUGUCCCCCUUUUUCCUCCAAACAUAACGAUGGUCAUUAUGGCCAAACCGUUCUAUUUUUGUUUAAUCAGACCAGAGGACAUUUCUCCAAAAAGUACGAUCUUUGUCCCCAUGUGCAGUUGCAAACCGUAGUCUGGCUUUUUUAUGGCGGUUUUGGAGCAGUGGCUUCUUCCUUGCUGAGCGGCCUUUCAGGUUAUGUCGAUAUAGGACUCGUUUUACUGUGGAUAUAGAUACUUUUGCACCUGUUUCCUCCAGCAUCUUCACAAGGUCCUUUGCUGUUGUUCUGGGAUUGAUUUGCACUUUUCGCACCAAAGUAUGUUCAUCUCUAGGAGACAGAACGCGUCUCCUUCCUGAGCGGUAUGAUGGCUGCGUGGUCCCAUGGUGUUUAUACUUGUGUACUAUUGUUUGUAAAGAUGAACGUGGUACCUUCAGGCGUUUGGAAAUUGCUCCCAAGGAUGAACCAGACUUUUGGAGGUCUACAAUUGUUUUUCUGAGGUCUUGGCUGAUUUCUUUUGAUUUUCCCAUGAUGUCAAGCAAAGAGGCACUGAGUUUGAAGGUAGGCCUUGAAAUACAUCCACAGGUACACCUCCAAUUGACUCAAAUUAUGUCAAUUAGCCUAUCAGAAGCUUCUAAAGCCAUGACAUCAUUUUCUGGAAUUUUCCAAGCUGUUUAAAGGCACAGUCAACUGAGUGUAUGUAAACUUCUGACCCAAUGGCAUUGUGAUACCGUGAAUUAUAAGUGAAAUAAUCUGUCUGUAAACAAUUGUUGGAAAGAUUACUUGUGUCAUACACAAAGUAGAUGUCCUAACUGACUUGCUAAAACUAUCGUUUGUUAACAAGAAAUUUGUGGAGUGGUUGAAAAACGAGUUUUAAUGACUCCAACCUAAGUGUAUGUAAACUUCCGACUUCAACUGUAACUGGUAAAUUUAACAAAGCUGUAAAGUCUCAUGUAUAGCUGUGUAGCAAAUCAACUGACACUAACUCUUAUGGCUGUCAGGUUGCUAACGUUGUACUGAGGACACUACAGAAUGUUAGGGUUGCUAACGUUGUACUGAGGACACUACAGAAUGUUAGGGUUGCUAACGUUGUACUGAGGACACUACAGAAUGUUAGGGUUGCUAACGUUGUACUGAGGACACCACAGAAUGUUUGGGUUGCUAACGUUGUACUGAGGACACCACAGAAUGUUAGCCUUUGUGAUACAUUGACAAUCAAAUGCAUUGUCUGUGUUGGCAGAUCUGAUUAUACCCAUCCACAUCCCCUUCUCUGUGUACGGUGAGAACAUGCGGGAGAGCAACAGCAUCAAGGUUUCGGCUGUGGUCACAGACAAGGACAACAGUGAUGCAGUGUACAUCACAGAGAAAGACAUUGUGCCAGAGAACCCUUCACUCACCAUCAAAGUGAGUCUUUUAUUUUCCCCAAAUUGUAAUUUUGCGCAUCUGUCAGAUCCUUAAGCCACUCCAAUAACCCACUUAGAACAGCUCAACUUUCUCUGCGUGACAUUCAUUGGGGUCAUUAUGGAACAAGCCCCAAGGCUCUUUACGUGCUCUUGGGUUACCAUUUCAAAUGUGUAGGUGGCAAACAUACUAGUAGCGAGAAUAGCAAUUUGCAAGGAAAAUAACGGUUGGCCUGUGAAUAAAGGUGAUGUGAAGAUGAAAAUCUAAAGUGUUAGACUGUCAUCUGAACAAUUGAUCUAUUCAAUACAAUGCCAAUAUCAGUAACACCCACUCAACUGGAGAUGGGGUUUAUUCAGUGUGAUAGUUCUAAUAUAAUAUACUAUCUAGCAGAUGCUUUUAUUCUGAUGUUUCUUCUCUUUUAGGCCAUUGGAUCUGAAUUGCAGUAUAGUGACAUGAUGGCAGAGGUUGUGUUUGAGAACCCUCUAUCCGAGGGUCUAAGAGACUGCUCCAUCACAGUGACUGGCAGUGGCUUGCUGACAGAGACAAUGGAAGCCAGGUAGGCCUAUGUGACAUUUCUCUGCCAUCUUUACGAGCAAGGUUUCGGUUUGUCAUUAAACCUGAAUCCAUCCCACUUGGCAAAAACAGGUUGAAUCAACGUUGUUUCCAUGUAACUUCAACCAAAACAAUCAAUGUGAUGACGUUGAAUCAACAUGGAAAACUGAUUGGAUUUGCAAAAAGUAAACUUUUUAGCCUGUAAUCGAACCCACAAUUGCUGAUGCUCCAGAUAGUCAACUAGUCUCAAGAAGGCCAGUUUUAUUGCUUCUUUAAUCAGCACAACAGUUUUCAGCUGUGCUAACAUAAUUGCAAAAGGGUUUUCUAAUGAACCAUUAGCCUUUUAAAAUGAUAAACUUGGAUUAGCAAACACAACGUGCCAUUGGAACACAGGACUGAUGGUUGCUGAUAAUGGGCCUCUGUACGCCUAUGUAGAUAUUCCAUAAAAAAUCUGCCAUUUUCAGCUACAAUAGCCAUUUACAACAUUAACAAUGUCUACACUGUAUUUCUGAUCAAUUUGAUGUUAUUUUAAUGGACAAAAAAAAUGCUUUUCUUUCUAAAACAAGGACAUUUCUAAGUGACCCCAAACUUUUCAACGGUAGUGUAAAUCAGAACUAGACGUUGAACUGACGUCUGUGCCCAGUGAGAUGUGUCCAGACUUGAAUCCUGGAUGUGGAUGGGGACCUAUGUGGAACCAUUUUUUUCCCAGUGGGAUGGAUUCAGGUUUUAUGACAAACCGAAACCUUGCUCGUAAAGACGGCAAUUUAGCUCUUCAUCUAAUUGUGUCAGAUGCUUGAUUAGGUUCUGAUGGAAGACUAGUGAAGUCACCACCCCCCUAAACAGAAACUCUCAGACCCCCUUCUGAAAACGUUCUGCUUGAAAUCCCCGCCCUAAAUAAUUUCUUGAAAUCCCCGCCCACACUUUCAGCACCACCUUCACCUAAUCCUGAUAUGUCCAGAUAUCUAGUGAGAAAACCAAAGCACCGGAACUAUGGUUCCUUUUUAGUUGUGGCAUCACAGUCUUUUGACAGAUGAUUCAAUACAAUUUAUGUUACGUAGUCUGUCCACAAGAGAUAAUUUAGCUCUUGGCUAAACUACAGUGAGGGAAAAAAGUAUUUGAUCCCCUGCUGAUUUUGGACGUUUGCCCACUGACAAAGAAAUGAUCAGUCUAUAAUUUUAUUGGUUGGUUUAUUUGAACAGUGAGAGACAGAAUAACAACAAAAAAAUCCAGAAAAACGCAUGUCAGAAAUGUUAUAAAUUGAUUUGCAUUUUAAUGAGGGAAAUAAGUAUUUGACCCCCUCUCAAUCCGAAAGAUUUCUGGCUCCCAGAUGGCUUUUAUACAGGUAACGAGCUGAGAUUAGGAGCACACUCUUAAAGGGAGUGCUCCUAAUCUCAGUUUGUUACCUGUAUAAAAGACAUCUGUUCACAGAAGCAAUCAAUCAAUCAGAUUCCAAACUCUCCACCAUGGCCAAGACCAAAGAGCUCUCCAAGGAUGUCAGGGACAAGAUUGUAGACCUACACAAGGCUGGAAUGGGCUACAAGACCAUCGCCAAGCAGCUUGGUGAGAAGGUGACAACAGUUGGAGCGAUUAUUCGCAAAUGGAAGAAACAUAAAAGAACUGUCAAUCUCCCUCGGCCUGGGGCUCCAUGCAAGAUCUCACCUCGUGGAGUUGCAAUGAUCAUGAGAACGGUGAGGAAUCAGCCCAGAACUACACGGAAGGAUCUUGUCAAUGAUCUCAAGGCAGCUGGGACCAUAGUCACCAAGAAAACAAUUGGUAACACACUACGCUGUGAAGGACUGAAAUCCUGCAGCACCCGCAAAGGUCCUCCUGCUCAAGAAAGCACAUAUACAGGGCCGUCUGAAGUUUGCCAAUGAACAUCUGAAUGAUUCAGAGGAGAACUGUGUGAAAGUGUUGUGGUCAGAUGAGACCAAAAUUGAGCUCUUUGGCAUCAACUCAACUCGCCGUGUUUGGAGGAGGAGGAAUGCUGCCUUUGACCCCAAGAACACCAUCCCCACCGUCAAACAUGGAGGUGGAAACAUUAUGCUUUGGGGGUGUUUUUCUGCUAAGGGGACAGGACAACUUCACCGCAUCAAAGGGACCAUGGACGGGGCCAUGUACCGUCAAAUCUUGGGUGAGAACCUCCUUCCCUCAGCCAGGGCAUUGAAAAUGGGUCGUGGAUGGGUAUUCCAGCAUGACAAUGACCCAAAACACACGGCCAAGGCAACAAAGGAGUGGCUCAAGAAGAAGCACAUUAAGGUCCUGGAGUGGUCUCCAGACCUUAAUCCCAUAGAAAAUCUGUGGAGAGGGCUGAAGGUUCGAGUUGCCAAACGUCAGGCUCGAAACCUUAAUGACUUGGAGAAGAUCUGCAAAGAGGAGUGGGAGAAAAUCCCUCCUGAGAUGUGUGCAAACCUGGUGGCCAACUACAAGAAACGUCUGACCUCUGUGAUUGCCAACAAGGGUUUUGCCACCAAGUACUAAGUCAUGUUUUGCAGAGGGGUCAAAUACUUAUUUCCCUCAUUAAAAUGCAAAUCAAUUUAUAACAUUUUUGACAUGCGUUUUUCAGGAUUUUUUUGUUGUUAUUCUGUCUCUCACUGUUCAAAUAAACCUACCAUUAAAAAGUAUAGACUGAUCAUGUCUUUGUCAGUGGGCAAACGUACAAAAUCAGCAGGGCAUCAAAUACUUUUUUCCCUCACUGUAGAAAGGACAUGCAUUUAUGGGCUGUUCAUGUGGUUAAAGCUGAGUUUUUCCAUCUAAAAUAUUUUACACUACCUUGUGUGUUGAAGUUUAGAGAUCUAAAGAUGCUUUGAGGUAUAAUUUUUUUCAUGUGUCUCCUCAGAUUUCCUUUCCUAAAACAAGGGCAACGGCUGCGUGUGAAGAUGCCCUUUACUCCAUACAGACCCGGUCCUAAGAAGCUAGUGGCCAACUUCAACUGUGACCAAUUCAGGAACAUUAAGGCAAGCUGCAAUGUGGACAUCCUACCUGUCACCAGUGCUGUCCCCCCACUGCCG